CAGGGUGGGGAAGUGGAAAAUGGGUACCAAGGGGCAUGAGGGCCAGGGUCAGAGGGCAGCUGUGAGUGGCCGUGUCCCUGUCCCAGUUAAUGUGUAAUGAGGGGAUAUGGGUGGGGGUGGGGUGGAACCAGAGCCCUGAUCAAUGUGAAUACCCUACUCUCAACUAAGCCAGUUCUGGAAAAACAGCCCCUGCUGUCCCCUCUCUGCUGGACGGUCCUAUGAAAGAGGCAAGUAGGAAGCUUCCACCAGGAUAAAGGUUGAAGGUUUUCUGGUCAUCUGGUCACCUUAUCUGUAGCUAGUCAACACUGAGUCAGCAGGAGCAUCCUCAGCCCUCCAGCUAAGACCCUGGCCUGGAUUUGAGGGAGGGCAGAGGUUUAUCCCAGCUCAAAGCACCAGGGUGAAAUCAGCUAAAGAGAUAACAGAAGUAUUUGUGCCUUCACCCUUUUGACCUCAGAACCCAUUCCUAUAGAUCUGGCACACUCCAGGGAGACCUUGGGGGAGGUGUGGGAGCUAGGAGAGAGGGGAGUGAGCAGAGACCCCCAAAUCUUACUCCGACUCCUGCUGUUCCUCUGUGGAGACUGGGGAACUGGAAGCUCACGCCACUGGCUUGUCCUAGCCCUGCGGUGGAGAGAGCCUUGGGGUGGAGGCCCAUUCUUAGAUUUUUGUGGCCAACGCUUUCUGCGGACUCAAAGCGGGAAGGGUUAAAAUGAGAGUAGCCAUUGCAGGAAAUAAUUGCUCCCGGUUUCACAGUAACUGCUUGUUCUAGAGGGCCAACUUUGAUAGGCUUUGGACUGUCCAGAAGGGAGGUGUAGGUCCGUGCCCGGGGAGAGGGCCGAGCUUGGGUAGUACUCAUCUCGUGAAGAGAACUAUGGGGCCCCACGGGAAGCUGGGGGAGCCCUAAGGUCCAGGAUUCUUCCAGGUUAUUUUUCCCCACUUUUUUCGGGUUGGAAAGAAGCUUCAGCGGCUCGAGCUGUAAGACUGCUCCCCCUAGCGUCCGACACCCUCAAAGGCUCUCGGCGACCUUCGAGAGGCCUGGCGGGCUAAGGCCCGCUACUUAAGUCUAAGGAGCCACCAAUCAAGUUGUGCCCGCCUCUGCAGCACGGAGGCUGAAGCUCCCGGGCUCUCAGACCUGCCACUCCUCCUCGUCCUCCUCUCCCAUUGGAUCCCGGGAGACUGAAGCGCCGGGGAGGGUUGGGUCUUUGCUAUCUUUUUUUUUUUUGCCAGGGCCAAAUAUGGCGCCCGUGGCCAUGCUAGAGAUGCAGCAUGAAGCUGCAGUUCUGCCAUCACUCAAGAUGGCUGCCCCCAUCAAGAUGACCGGGGUGUGCCGGGAGGAAAGGGGCAGCUGGACGGUCUGAGAUGGUCUAGCGUCGAACCAUGUGGAAGUUUCUGGGACUGGGGAACCAGAGGAUGAAGGGUGGCACCCGGGGUGGAUAGAGGGUGCAAUAGCUUCUUUUCCCAGGCUAGCCCUCCCUCCCUGUCCUCUGGGCUAAAAUGGGGAACACAUUGGGCCUGGCACCGCUGGGAACUUUGCCCCGCCGGAGCCCCCGCCGAGAGGAACCUCUGCCCAACCCUGGGAGCUUUGAUGAGCUGCACCGACUGUGCAAAGAUGUAUUCCCAGCACAGAUGGAGGGAGUGAAGCUCGUUGUCAACAAGGUGCUGAGCAGCCAUUUCCAGGUGGCUCACACAGUGCACAUGAGUGCCCUGGGUUUGCCAGGCUAUCACCUCCAUGCAGCCUACGCAGGGGACUGGCAGCUUAGCCCGACGGAGGUGUUCCCCACUGUGGUAGGGGAUAUGGACAGCAGUGGCAGCCUCAACGCCCAGGUCCUGCUUCUCUUGGCAGAGCGGCUCCGAGCUAAGGCUGUCUUCCAGACUCAACAGGCCAAGUUCCUGACAUGGCAGUUUGAUGGCGAGUAUCGGGGGGAUGACUACACCGCCACUCUGACCCUGGGAAAUCCUGACCUGAUUGGGGAGUCGGUGAUCAUGGUCGCUCACUUCCUGCAGAGCCUCACUCAUCGGCUGGUGCUGGGAGGAGAGCUGGUCUACCACCGGCGGCCGGGAGAAGAGGGGGCCAUCUUGACCCUGGCUGGGAAGUACUCAGCUCUCCACUGGGUGGCUACAUUGAAUGUGGGUUCAGGUGGGGCCCAUGCAAGUUAUUACCACAAAGCGAAUGAACAGGUGCAGGUUGGAGUGGAGUUUGAGGCAAACACAAGGCUCCAAGACACAACCUUCUCCUUUGGUUACCACCUGACCCUGCCCCAGGCCAACAUGGUGUUUAGAGGCUUGGUGGACAGUAACUGGUGCGUAGGUGCCGUGCUGCAGAAGAAGCUGCCCCCGCUGCCCGUCACCCUGGCCCUCGGAGCCUUCCUCAAUCACUGGCGCAACAGGUUCCACUGUGGCUUCAGUAUCACCGUGGGCUGAGCCUGACCCUGAGCCGGCCCCAUGACAGCUGGAACCUCUGGGGCAGGUGCCCUAUGGCUCAAGACAAGGCCCCCUCUCCAGAGCCCGCCUUGCUGGGCUGCCUCUCGAUGCCCGGAGCAGAGUGGGGCGGGGUCCGUGCCCUCCUCAGCACCGGGGCAGCUGAGGAGCCAGUGGUUUGAGGCUUUCCUCUUGGCCACCAGCUGCACUGUGAUAUUCCCCAUGCUCUUGUGGCUCUGGACUGAAGGAACAAGGAUGAAGAGGAGUGUCCGACUGAAUCCCACCCCGCUCCGUUCUUCAUUUCCCUGCUUUCAUCAGCUUGUCACCCUUUCCUCUUCCGAGCAGCAAUGUCUGCAUGGGAUUAGCCCUGUCUUUUUCACCCCAGAGUGUCCUGAGGCAGGGGGAGUGGGGCUGGGACCUGCCCUUUCCCAGGAGGCGCUUUCUUCCUAGUUCAAAGGCUCACUCCUUCCCUACUUUCUCUGUUCCCAGAGAGCAUCCUGAGCUCUGUGGUCACCCUGCUCCCCCAGGACCACAGCAAGAGGCAGUUACCACUUUAGUCUUUCAUUGCACCCCCUGGGCUCCCUUUCUGCCGGCCCCAGCUGCGUUCCCUUGGCAGUCCAGGGUGUGCAGGUGGGGCUGGGGAGGGCACCGAGCCCGGCCUCAGCUGCAGAUCUCCUGAAGCAGCGGCAUCAAGGCCCACAGUCCCUGGAUGUGCUGUAUCUGGUACCGGUACGCAUUGUUGAUGCUGCGAAGCUCGACCAACAGUCCCAGCAGCUUCGGGUACAGAAACCUUUGGGAGAAGCAGUGGGGUGAUCAGGGAAAGAAGAGCAAAAUGAGGCAACCCAGAGUUCCGUUGUCCUAAAGCCCUAUUCCCCAAACUGUCUCCCGAGCCCCCUGCCCGGUGAAGCUGGGUCUGAACGUUAGGGGAGCUCAUGCUCUGAUGUGACAAAUUCAUCCAAGAUUACGAAGGUCCCCAAGGGGCCUCUCUUCGACAGUGUUGGUUUUUCCUGAGGGCCAAAUGUGGCGAGAGUCCCAGACUUCACAGGAAUUUCUGUUGCAUGGAAUCUGAGGGUCUGGUCUUCUAGAACAUGCUCUAGGAGGUGGCUGUGUUCCAGGGUAAAAAGCAUCCCUUUCUGGCCAAAUUGACUCAUUGAGGAAUGCUCCAGAGCAAAGCAGCAUGUUCCUCAGGUGGACCAUGGACUACGGAGCUGGGGAAUGGUUUGUGACUGAGAGAGCCAAUCACAACUUCAAGGGGAAUGAAGAAGGAGUUGGCCUCCUGGAGAGGGGAGGAAGGACCAAGGCAAAAAGUCUGGCUGCUCAGGGUCUUUAGAAGUCGUGUUAGUCUGGAGUAGGGGUGGGGAGGCGACAGAUGCCAUCAGUCUCAGGAAUGCGGUCACGUGAAGCCUGUGAACUAUUUUGCAUCUCUACUGAAUAAAAAACAAAUCUGGAUAAAGUGAAA